CCGCCGUUCUUGCUACCCCACUAUCUUUUCGCAGUUGUGUGGAUGCCAAGCUCCAGUUCACAACUUUUUGGCGGGGCAGAUGGAAGGGCAGGACCCCGCGCUGCAUUAAUGCGACUCUGCUGGUAGGCUGCCUUGCGACGAGGAGGGGCAGAACCUUUUUUUUUUUUUUUUUUUGCGCCUGUCGAGGGUCUAUCAGUUACCUGUAGCUUAAAAAGCCAACCAACUCUCUGUCCCACAGCACUUCUUUUCUUACUUCUUCACCGCAUAUUCUCCUCCUCUCACAUCUCACUCUCGACCCGUCUCCCCAGUCUUUUACCAAUUCAAAUCAGACACAAUGGCCAUCGUCACCGCUGAAGAGAUCUUCGCUACCUACGACCAGCUGGGUGAAAUUGAGGCUCAGUUCGACGAUGUCGAGACCGAGAUUAUCCGCCACCAGUACAACCUUUCCAAGGACCUCUACGUAAAGCGCGCCGAGAUCGUCUCCAAGAUCGAGCACUUCUGGCCCCUUGUUAUCGAGCAGGCCCCCGAGGACAUUGACGCCUUCAUCCAACCCACCGAUGCUCAGAUCCUCCUCGGUUCCAUCAAGUCCAUUGACGUCAAGCGCUUCGAGAUCGACACCCCCGUUGAGGGCGGAGACCCCCGCAGCGUCUCCAUCAAGUUCGAGUUCGAGGAGAAUGACUACUUUGAGGACAAGGUCCUCGAGAAGAAGUUCUGGUGGCGCCACGGCAAGGACGGCUUCGUCGGCUAUGUCAGCGAGCCUGUCGAUAUCAAGUGGAAGGACGGCAAGGACCUGACCAACGGUCUCUUGUCCCUUGCCAAGGCUGCCUGGGAGGAGGAGAAGGCUGCCCCCAAGAAGGAGGGUAAGGAUAAGAAGGAGCUUACCCCCAAGCAGAAGGAGCUGAAGGAGAAAAUCGAAGCCGAGGACGCUGGUUCUGUGAGCUUCUUCUGCUUCUUCGGCUUCAUUGGCGAACGAGUCUCCGCCGAGGAGAACAUCGAGGCCCUCAAGAAGGAGGCCGAGGACCGCAAGAAGCGCCAGGCCGGCGAGAAGGUCGAGGAGGAUGAGGAGAUGAAGGAGGAUGAGGAUGAUGAGGAUUGGGAGGACGAGGAAGAGCUUGACAUUUUCCCUGAUGGCGAUACCGUUGCCAUGGCCAUUGCUGAUGACCUCUGGCCCAACGCCCUCAAGUACUUCCAGCAGGCCCAGGAGAGCGACGACAUCAGCGAUGGCGAGGAUGAUGAGUCUGACGACGAUGAGUCUGAGGAGGAUGGCGACAAGCCCAGCAAGAAGCACAAGGCCUGCGCCCACGGGUGCAAGCACUAAGUUGCCGUAGGUUGAGGAGUGUUAGGAUACCCAUUUCGUUGCGUGUUUUUCAGCGCAAAUCGUGUUACUGUUAUGAUGUAUAUAGAGGAUAGACAAAAAGGAGGUUAUGAAGGAUUUCUCUGGGUCAAG